CACAAUGUUUUGUCAUAAACAGACGAAAACACCGCUGUAUAAUUUUAAUAUCGGCAGUUAUUAUUAGUAGUUCGACAAUCCGGUUUAUGACAGUUUCGUAAGUCAACGUUGCAAAACAAAACAUAGCACACAAGACAAUGGCAAUGCAGUGCUUGAGAUCGCUUACGAAAAAUAUACCGAGAAGUGCAUGCACCAUCAAGCAUGUCAGCCGAUACAUCACCUCGUUUUCUAUGCUGCCAGAAACACAUCAAAUGCUGUACAAAACUUGCAGGGACUUUGCUGAACAAGAAUUAAAGCCCAUCGCAGCGGAGACGGACAAGAAGCAUCUGUUUCCAAAGGAACAAAUCAAGAAGAUGGGUGAGCUUGGUCUCAUGGGUUUAUGCAUCCCUGAAGCACUAGGUGGAACAGGACUAGAUUAUCUGGCUUAUGCUAUAGCUAUGGAGGAGAUCUCUAGAGGUUGCGCAAGCGCUGGAGUCAUAAUGAGCGUGCAAAAUUCUCUCUACUUGGGACCCAUAGACGCGUUUGGGACCGAUAAGCAAAAGGAAAAGUACAUUGUUCCCUUCAUGAGUGGAGAGAAGAUUGGCUGUUUUGCUCUCAGUGAACCAGGUAAUGGGUCUGACGCUGGUGCGGCGUCCACCACUGCCAAGGCAGAUGGCAACGUGUAUAUAAUUAAUGGUACCAAGGCAUGGAUAACAAACGCGUUCGAGGCCAGUGGGAUAGUUCUCUUCGCGACAACUGACAAGUCCAAGAAGCACAAGGGUAUAAGCGCUAUCGUCGUAGACAGUCCGACGCCGGGUCUGAACCUGGGUAAGAAAGAGGACAAACUAGGUAUACGAGGCAGCAGCACUUGUUCUUUGAUCUUCGAGGACUGUCAGGUACCACAGGACAACACCCUGGGUCAACCAGGAAUGGGCUUCAAGAUCGCGAUGAUGACUCUAGACGCUGGUAGAAUAGGAAUCGCUGGGCAAGCGUUGGGCAUAGCUCAAGCAUCUCUGGAUUGUGCAAUGGAUUAUGCAGGUAAACGCCAAGCCUUCGGUCAGUCGAUCAUCAAGCUGCAGAUAAUUCAACAAAAAAUCGCUGACAUGGCCAUGAAACUGGAAAGCUCAAGACUGCUGACGUGGCGAGCAGCACAGCUCAAGGAUAGCGGUAAACCGUACACAAAGGAAGCCGCUAUGGCCAAACUGUCGGCAUCGGAGACCGCCACGUUCUGCACUCAUCAGUGCUUACAGAUUUUGGGAGGGAUGGGAUACGUGUCGGAUAUGCCGGCGGAACGUCAUUACAGGGACGCGCGUAUCACGGAGAUCUACGAAGGCACGUCGGAGAUCCAGAGACUCGUGAUCGCCGCGAAUCUCAUCAAAGAGUAUGGCCUCAAUUGAGAUCGCUCGACUCACGCACUCGAAAUAAAUUUAAUACGCUAUGCCUUCUAAUUUUAUUAACUCUUGACUAAAUACUUGACUGGAUCAAGAGACAUACGUACAUACGCGCACACACAUACAGGUACGUAUAUACGUAUGUAUGCAAGAAAAGAGAACGCAUGUACACGUGCAUAUAUACAUAUAUACACAUACACAUCUGGUAUUUCACUGUUUAGCCCUUUGGCAGCGGUACGGAAAAUGUUUUCCUCUCCUUUGUAUUUCUUCUAUCUAUCCACAACUCUUUUCUACCCUGCUUGUCGUAUGUCUAGGAACAGCUAGAGCCUAUUUAUUUAAGUAACUAUUGUUAGGAUAACAGGUAUAAUGUGCGAAUCUCGCGUACAUGUGUGAAACUUUCAUGUCUAACAAAACGAACAACGCAGUCGUGGAACAAAGACGGAUUCCAUUACAAGCUUGUUUGAACGACACUGAUGUGUGCCUUUCGAUCGGUUUUCCCUCGUCGAUAAAAUAGCGAAUAAAUACGUGUUCAGUUUUCUCUGUUUCUCACAUGUGUCUGGUGCAUUGAGUACAAAUACUACGUGUACACCAUCGCGGCUACUACUGCUCGUACGUAAAUACGAAGAUAAAAGCUAUCUUAAACUACAUGCCUCGCCAACGAGAAAAUACAUUUACUUUGUGCAAAUGACAGUAAAUUAUACUUUGUUAUUUGCUUUCUCAAUCUUUAAUCGUAUAUUUAAUUAGAGAUCCUAUCGCUAAGUGAGAACGCUGCUGCGAUUUCACAUUUUGGUGUUCAACCCACUAAGACUCCUUACUCUCAUUUCGUUUUAGGAUUCAAUUUUUUGAGAAAAUUGAAAUAUAUUAUUUUCAGAUUAAGAUAGUUUUCGUAUAACGAUCUUUAUUCUUGUUAUGACAAAAUUACAUAAUUAUUCUUUGUCACGAUUUUUUUUCAUAGAAUAUAAUAUAUCGAAAAAGGAAUUAAAAGUUAAAUCGUAAUAGCCUGUAAUGGGUUACGAGCAGCGUCUCAAAAUACUUUGUCGGUUGUACUCAGAGAUCCAUUGGAAUGCAAAGAAACAUAUAUAUAAAUUGAAUUUCAUUGUGUAUACCUCUUUCUUUUUAUAUAUAUAUACAAUAACGCAUCCUUUCGCCGUUCACCCGCUGUCAUCAUAUUGAAAUAGCCUAAACUCUGCUUCUCUACAUAUGUGUGUUUAUGUAUAUUGGUGUGUUUGUGUGUGUGAGCACUUUACAUAGGUUAUACCAUCUCUCCCGUCCUCAGUAAACAAUUUAGAGUGCUAUCUGUUAAUACGUAACUGUUCGUUAACAUCGCAGUAUAAUUAAAAAAUCCAUCAGUUUGGUCCUAACUCUUUAGGGGAUCGGUACAUGUACACGCGUCUCGCGCUCGUCGGUAACGAACGAACGGAACGGUAAGAAUAGAAGAACGUUAUAGGUCGAAAUC